UCCAAGGACUAAUAAACAAAUCUGAAAUAAAAUCAAAGAAAGCCAUCCCUCUCACAAAUGACUGUCCAAUUUCAUUUCCAACUCUAACUUCAACUUUCAAUUCUUCAUCACACACUGCUCACUUCACAUCAAACUCACAUUUUCAGUCUUACACCUCUCAGUUUGGUGUUUACCUCUGUUCAUUUCUCGUUUUAUCCUUAAACUGAUUUCACCCUUUUGUGAGAAUCUCCUCUCCGGUGCCCCCCAUGAUGAAGAGGCUCUCAAAAGUUAAAUCUUUCUCUUAAUUGGAUGCAAAAAAGCUGGUGGGUGUUUUGGGUUUUGACUCUUCACCGGGAAAUUCGCUCCUCACCAGAACUAUCAAAACAUGGCUAAUUUUGAGAAUGACAAGCGCCCAAUGCUGUCAGAUACAGAUGCACAAUCAUACGAUGAACCCUUGGAUUCUAAAUUCCGAAGGAUGGUAUCCAGGACUCAAAGCGCUUCAAUUUCUAUUCCUAUGAGCUCCUUCGAGUCAUAUGAGAAAGAAACUAGCCUUGUGGGACAUACUGGUCCACUUCAGAGCAAGAGAAAAACACCCUUUAUGCAUAUGAGUGGUCCAUUAUAUGCUACCACUGGAACUGGAAAUCUUUUGCAGAAGCAUGUUGUAUCGGGAAACAAAGCAGAUGACAGAAAGACAGAUAAUUUUGCUACUCUCCAUGGCUCAAGUUCAAAUUACCAAAAUGGUGACUACGAUAGAAAAAAUGAACACUUACUAAGGUCUGGGCAACUGGGAAUGUGCAAUGAUCCUUAUUGUACUACUUGCCCUACUUACUUCAAUGCUUCGCAGCAAAGAAAUCCAAAAUCUUCUGCUAGAUGGGAUCCAAAGUUCCAUAAUGCUCUUUAUGGGGAUGCCAAGAGUUUUGUGAGGAAACUUCUUUCUUUCUUUUCUUCUUAUGUUCCUGGAGUUAUGAACCCUCAUGCUAAAAUUGUACAAAAGUGGAACAAAUUUUUGGCCAUUUUUUGCUUAAUUGGUAUUUUUGUGGACCCAUUGUUUUUCUUUUUACUAUAUGUGGAGAAGGUACGCUUAUUUUCUACCAUUAACUACAAAGUAGCAAGUUCUAGAUGUCACUCUUUCUAUUUACAAAUUUACUCUUCAUUUUUCCUGUUCUUUAUGCAGGAUAAUAAAUGCAUUGUUAUCAACUGGCCAUUGGCAACAGCACUUGCUUUAUUUAGAUGCGUGAAUGAUUUUGUUUAUUUCCUUAACAUUCUUCUCCAGUUUAGGUUAGCUUAUGUUUCUCGUGAGUCGAGGGUGGUUGGUGCUGGAGAUUUAGUUGACCAUCCAAAGAAAAUUGCUCUUCAUUACCUAAAGGGUUAUUUCCUCAUUGACUUAUUUGUUGUAUUUCCUCUUCCUCAGAUAAUGUUAUUAUUCGUCCUACCAAAUUCUUUGGGGGGAGCAAAUUAUGCCAAGAAUCUUCUGCGUGCAGCGAUAUUAGUGCAAUAUUUUCCCAAGUUAUUCAGGUUUCUGCCACUCCUGAUCGGCCAAUCUCCAACAGGAUUCAUUUUUGAGUCAGCCUGGGCAAAUUUUAUUAUCAAUCUUCUCAUUUUUAUGCUUGCCAGUCAUGUUGUUGGCUCUUGCUGGUACCUCUUCGGUCUUCAGAGGGUUAAUCAGUGUUUGCGGAAUGCCUGCCAUAGUUCUAAUAUACCUGGAUGCAUGAAGUUCAUUGAUUGUGGACGUGGCCAUACUGACUUCACAUCAGAUCUGUGGAUCAACAAUACUGAUGCUGGUGCUUGUAUGGAUUCCUCUGGUUUCACUUAUGGGAUUUAUCAGAAUGCUGUACCACUUACUAUAGAAACUAGUGUAGUCAACAAAUACGUGUAUUCUCUUUUUUGGGGAUUCCAGCAAAUCAGUACUCUGGCUGGUAAUCUAAAUCCUAGCUAUUUUGUAUGGGAAGUCCUUUUUACUAUGGCCAUCAUAGGAUCGGGACUCUUACUCUUUGCAAUUCUCAUUGGUAACAUACAGAACUUUCUACAGGCUCUUGGACGGAGGAAACUGGAAAUGCAACUUAGAGGCCGUGAUGUUGAGCAAUGGAUGAGCCAUCGGCGGUUACCUGAAGAUCUGAGAAGGAGAGUAAGACAGGCUGAACGGUACAGUUGGGCUGCAACAAGGGGGGUGAAUGAAGAAAUGCUUAUGGAGAAUUUACCAGAAGAUCUGCAGAGAGACAUAAGACGCCAUCUCUUCAAAUUUGUUAAGAAAAUUCGGCUUUUUGCUCUGAUGGAUGAGCCUAUAUUAGAUGCCAUUUGUGAGAGACUAAGACAAAAGACACACAUCAAAGGAAGUAAAAUUCUAAGUCAUGGUGGUCUGGUAGAAAAGAUGGUAUUCGUGGUGCGUGGUAAAUUGGAGAGCAUUGGAGAAGAUGGAACAAGAAUUCCUCUAUCUGAAGGUGAUGCUUGUGGUGAGGAACUUCUGACAUGGUAUCUUGAACAUUCUUCAGUCAGCACAGAUGGUAGAAAAGUAAGGCUUCCAGGACAGAGAUUGGUCAGCAACAGGACAGUAAGGUGCUUAACAAAUGUGGAGUCAUUUUCACUCUCUGCUUCAGACCUUGAAGAAGUCACAAUCCUUUUCACAAGAUUCUUGCGGAGUCCAUGCGUCCAAGGAGCCCUAAGGUAUGAGUCACCUUAUUGGAGAUCCCUUGCUGCAACCCGCAUUCAAGUUGCAUGGAGAUACAGGAAGAAACGUCUAAGUCGUGUUAAUUCCUCCCCAGCAGAUUGAACAUUGAGGUUUUGGGUCCACUUUUAUGUUUCAUUUCAUAGAGUUUUUAUGAUCUUCAACCCAAUAUAGUAGUUUCACUAGGCUGUUACCUCAUACAGGGGCCUCAUUUUUCAUUAAAGCAACGAAAGUGUAAAUUAAUUUCACCUCCAAGUUUAUUGUGUAUACACUCAAUACAUUGUAUUUUGAAAAAGAGAAAUGUGUUGUUAAUCACAAAUAGAUAUAGCACA